AUGUCAACUCCACUAUCUCUUGCCUUAUCCUCCCUCCCUGCCCUUACGAAAAGUCAGCGCCCCAUUCCUGUCGCCGUUCCAUUACUUCUGUUGUCAACGCCAGCGACCGUUGGGUGGAGGAUGUUCACGGUGGCGGCGGAGAUGGACGGAGACAACUGGGACCUCGGCGCAGUGGUGCGGAGCUGUCGCCCGUCGGGGUCGUCGGCAGCAAGGGACGCCGUGUGGGCGUUCCCGCCGCUUCCAGAGCCCUUUCAGGCGGUGGAGGGCGGCCAAGGCGGCGUCUUUGUCUCCAGAUCCUCUCGCUCCGCUGCUGGUUUGGGGUCCAAUCUACUUCCGCUUCCUCGGGAGGCGGAUCGGCUGAGUUGUCAAGCUCCCCGCUCUAGGCGAAGGAAGAGCCGCCAGCAGCAACAGCUGAAGAAGGUCGUGCGUCAUGUCGCCGCCGACGAUCUCUCCUCGGACAUCUGCGCAUGGCGGAAGUAUGGCCAGAAACCGAUAAAAGGAUCGCCGUAUCCUCGGGGAUACUACAAGUGCAGCAGCUCAAAAGGCUGCCCGGCCCGGAAGCAGGUGGAACGGAGCCAGGCGGAUUCGGCACUGCUCAUCAUCACCUACACCGGCGACCACAACCACUCCAUGCCGACGAACUACAACUCCCUGGACGGAAGCACCAGCUACGAGUUUCCCAGGUCGCCCUCCGACAGCAACCAAGAAGCCAGUCCUCUAUAUUCCGCCGCCGCCGCACCUGAGCUCUCCCCCACCACGCCGCUCUCCGCCUCCAUCCUCAGGCGGACAAAGAAACGGGAAGGCAGCGUGGAUGAGGCGGAGGUUGAAGAAGCAAAAGACAACGACGAGGGGGAAUUGCUGGUGGAGGACAUGGAAAUAAUAAGCGAGGACGACUUGCUCUUCCUAGCCGGCGUCACCUCGCCCACGGUGGCGGACAUGACCACGACAUCUGACGGCGACUCCAUCUUUCCUCUGUUGUGA